AUGUCAAAGCUCAUUCUUAUCCUCGCCGCAAAAAUCCUACUCCUCACCAUCUUUGCCUCCGCCGGAGACGGUGGAGACUUCGCAAGCACAACGAACCCGAAACAGUUCAACCAGGGGAAACUCACUCAUCUCCGAGUCUUUUGGCAUGACAUCCGAAGCGGUCGAAACCCUAGUUCCAUUAUGAUCCAGCCGCCGGUUAGGAAGUACUCCUCAACAUACUUCGGAUCAAUCACAAUGAUGGACAACGCACUAACAUCUGAUGUGCAGAUUAACUCUACUGUGGUGGGUCAGGCCCAGGGUUUCUACGCAGGAUCGGCCCAACGUGAGCUAGGUUUCUUGAUGGCGAUGACUUUCGCUUUCAAGACUGGGGAGUUUAAUGGAAGUACGAUCACGAUUCUUGGUCGGAACACAGUGUUGUCUGAAGUUAGGGAAAUGCCGGUGGUCGGAGGAAGUGGAAUCUUUCGGUUCGCUAGAGGUUAUGUUGAGCUUAGGACUAAGUCGUUCGAUCAUAAAUCAGGAGAUGCUAUCGUUGAGUAUAACUGUUAUGUCUUGCAUUACUAA